GAUUUACUGAUGUGCUCAGAUCAGUUUUAAUAUAUAAAAAUACCAAAGCAAAUCCAUUUUUAAAAAUUUGACUGAGGCAACGAAGCAUGAGCACCUCUUGCGUCCAUUCCUUCCCAACCAAAUGAGAAAUCUCUUCAACCAAACGGGGCGUAGAGAGAAACAGAAAAUGCCCCCACCGUCAUCCUCCCACCAACUCCGAAAGGCUGACCUCGGUAAAGGGGCAGGUUCAGCUGAGAUGUAAUUGGUAAAACUAAACCGGCGGAUAGACAGCGAGAAACUUCAGAGAGAGAGAGAGAGAGAGAGAGAGAGAGAGAGAGAGAGAGAGAGAUGUGGUGCAAUGGGGUAAUAUCUGGAACUGGAGGCGACUUCCGCUGUAACCUCCUCUUCACCAAAAUAUCUAUACCCGACCCCCGCAUACGCCUCUCCCCCAUCAGCCUUCCAAUUCCAAAGCCCGGACUCAUCCGGAUCCAGUGCGCCGCAACAGCCAACGACGGAUUCUCGACGACGGAGUCGGAGCCCUCGCCUACGCCCAUGACCUUCUACGACCUCCUGGGCAUCCCUCAGUCUGGAACCUUGCUCCAGAUCAAGCAAGCAUACAAGCAGCUCGCCCGCAAGUACCACCCGGACGUCUCGCCGCCGGGUCGGGUCGAAGAGUACACCCAGAGAUUUAUUCGGGUCCAGGAGGCCUACGAGACGCUAUCCGACCCCAGGAGGCGAGCUGUGUACGACAGAGACAUGGCAAGGGGCCUUCACCUUGCCUUCUCCGCCAAAAAGCGGUGCUACGCCAACGAGGAAAUGGAAGAGAGAAGUGAGUGGAAAGAACGUUGGCAGAGUCAGCUGUCUGAGCUAAAGAGGAGAAGCAUGUGCAAGAAUGCAGCACAAAACAUGUCAUGGGGAGCUCGGAUGCGCAGGCAAAUGAAUGAAUCCUCAAUCACCCCUUGAACUAAAAUUAAGUUAUUUUCUUUCAUUGCUUGUGUAUAUAUUUUGUUUCGUCUCUGAAAGAGGAAAAUGCUCCCAAGUUGCCAGUUGCUUAGCUAAAGAGUCCAGAGAAGCCGUCGCAGGAUCAUCACAGGCGCUUAUCAUGAGCACUGUCCGCGCACGCUGUACUGUUGCCUGCUCUGCUCCUCUCUUCUCCGGUGAUAGCCCUGAUGAUUCUUCCCCGUGAUGAACAGCAGAGUUGCCAAAAAAGUAUCAGUAAUGGAUACAAAAGCAUAACCAGUAGCAUGAUUAUCGACCAUAUUUUGUAUUGCACAUAUUAAAUUUGUAAUACCGUAAUUCAAAAUUAUUUACCUUUUUUUCUAAUUAAUUAUGAUAAAGUUAUUUUUAUUUCAAUUUUAUUUUAUUUGGAUUGAAGCAAAAUAUUGUACAAUAAAUUAUUUUUACUUUUUUUU